GGCAUCCUCUCCAGGCCGGCCGCAAAAGACGCGUCGGGCCCGUGCACAGGACGCCGACGCGCGCGGGGCGCUCCUCCUGAUCCAUCAGCACAGGAGGACCAAUCGUCGUCUGCGUCUGGGGCUGCCCUGGCCCAGCCUGGGCUGCCUGGGCUCUACCCAGAGACGCGUGCGCGCGAGCCAUUCAUCAAACCGGAGCGAGCAGCGCUGCGAGCCCAACCAUAUCAGUGAAGCAUGGACGUCGACGACCGAUUAGAAUUGAGGGUGGUGAGCGCGCGGGACCUGCCCGAAGUAGAAGGAGGCGACUGCAAUCCGUUCGUGCUCGUGAAGUGCGGCGGCGAGGCGGAGCAGACGCACGUCGUGAAUAGUAGCCAGAAUCCCGAGUGGACGACGCAGCGCAUGAUCUUCCUGGACGUGGCCGAGAACGACGUCGAUCACGUCGUGUUGUCUGUGUGGCACAAGAACCUCGGAGGGGGGUCUGAUGUGCCGCUCGGGCAGGCCAUCGUGUAUCUGAGGACCGUUGUAUUGUCACCGGGCAUCGAGCAGGACGAUCGCAUCGAAUUGACGCCGGUCCCGGGCCAGACCAAUGAAUGUUCAGGUAGUUUACGAGUAGAAUUGUCCUACUUCGUGGGCGAUACGGAUCUGCUGGACGACGACGCUUCCGACGACGAGGAUGUCGGGGCCAAGCCCAACAUGCUCGUGGGUACCUUCAAAAGAGCGAGGGGCUUACAGAAGACCGCUGAUGUGUAUUGCUCGAUAUCUUGCGACGGCAAGAAGGCUCGAUCCCAAGUGAUAAAGCGUACAAAAGGUCCGCUGUUCGACCACGACUUCAAGGUACCCGUAUCUGAUGGGACCAAAGAAGUCCUGAUAAAACUCAAAGAUAAAGGAGUGUUAAGUACGAAGCUCAUCGGGGAAUGUGCCGUACCCAUGGUGGAAGUUGCGGCGCAUGGGGAUAUUGGCUUACAAAGGUGGUUCCGGUUAGUAGGUGCUGGGGGCUCUGUCGGUGGCGAGGAGCGGGGCCAAGUAGAAGUAUCGCUCGCGUGGGUUUAUGACAGAAAAUACGCUAGAUCCGCCGCUCGUUUACUCGCGGGCGCGGCGGAUGUCCUCGCAGCCGCAGGGAACGUGUUUGCGCGCAAGAAACAGGAACCGCGUAUUGAUGAAGACGACAAACCGACGGACGAGGACGCCUGGAUGCUCGAGGAUACAGAAGAUAUGGUACCCCUGAAAUUAACCUCCAAAGAGCAGGAGGAGGUGAAUGAGCGUAGGGAUGCGGGCGUGAUGAUGGCCGAUCGAGCGGUCGAUGAAUUAAAUCAGCGGUUAGCGGAUCGGCUCGAGCCGGGCGACUAUCAGGUGCAAGUGCACGUCAUUGAGUGUCGGGAGCUGAAAGCGGAAGACUUGAAUGGUUUAAGUGAUCCCUACGCGCGCGUCAAGGUGCUGGAUCGAGUGAGGAAGACGCGCGUCAUCAAGAAAUGUACCAGUUGUGUCUUCGAUGAAGUGUUGUAUUUCAAUUUCCGGGAUAUGAAGCCGAACAAGAUCGCCGAAGCGUGUGUCGACAUUAGCAUAUUGGAUUAUGAUGCGAUCGGUAGUCAUGCAUUGAUAGGUGUGACGUCCUUUACGUGUGGAUACGUCCACGCGCAAGAGGGUCACGAGAUCUACCGGAAGUGGUGCGGCAUCGUGGAUAACAAAAAUGCAGAUGAUAACGGGUACCAGGGCUACGUCAAAGUUUCUGUUACUGUACUCGGACCGGGAGACGAACAAAAAGCUCAUGAUGUCGACCGCGAGUACCAAGAAGAGAUCGAGCGAGAACAGGAAAGUGGUGAUGCGGGCGGCAUGGGCGUGAGUGGACCGGAAGAUGUGGAGGGCAAACUGAGGUUUUUGGUGGUCUACGUGUGGGAGGCCGAAGAUUUACCCCAAAUGGACGCGUCCGGUUACUUUUCAUCAGGUGGUAUUGAAGCCUACGUGCGUUGUGAAUUUUGUGGGAUCCACGCCAGAACUUGUUCCGUGUCUGUCUCCGGUAAAGGUAACCUCGCGCCCGAAUUCCGGGAGGAGCUGUGGCUACCAGUGACCGAACCUACAGACGCGUCGACCGUCACAGUAGGCCUGUGGGACUACAACUCUUGGUCACGUGACAGAGCAGUAGCUCAUUUACAUCUACCUUAUGCGGAGAUCAAGAGAGAUAAUCGACGGGUGAAAUUCUCGAUGCUCACGAUGCAGAAAUAUGCCGGCCCGCGGCCGCGGUGGCACAACCUGUACGGGGCUCCAUUAGGUAUACAGGGUAAGCGAGGCGCCUUGCAGAAUCGUUUCGGGGACGAGGCGUCGACGUAUCGAGGGAGAGUAUUGUUAUCUUGUGAGGUGUUGGAGCGGCCCCCGAAGGGCGCGAAGACGGUAGCACAUACGCGAGCCUUCCGGCACCGGGCCUUACCUGGUUUGAAACCGUCAAGAGUGAAAUACCACCUGCGAUGCCUCGCCGUGCUCGGGUCGGAGAUCCCCGCCUUCCGGAGUCCUUCUGUUGUAAAAGGUGGAACGGCGCAGAUGCGUCUCGUCGUCUCUAUUGGAAGACACCAGCUCAUCUUCGGGUUCCGGAAGAAUGAACGAGGAUUGGUGGAAUUCCAUGAAUUGCAACAACUCAAAAAUGUUGAACUACCUGUGCUAUUGGAGGAGUUACCAGAUGUAUGUAUCUACCUGCAGCGGGGGCCGCCGCGGAUUAUGACCGUGUGUUACGCGCGCGUGCCGGCGGCCGCUUUGCUCAAGGAGCAAUUUCGGGGCGACCCGAGGUGGAUCCAACUCAUACCGGAUAAAUGUCGGACCAAGAGGAUGGGCGGCGUCGACCUCGAGAACAACCCCGGGGCGGUAUUACUUAAGCUAGGCUUGGGCUUAAGUGAAGAUGCGAUCUGUCCUGAAUUUAGUUGGAACGAGCAAUUGUUACUUAAAGAAGCUACCACAAAGAAGCCCUAUGCGAUACGCGUAUAUAUCUACCAAGCGAGGCACCUACCGGCGUCCGAUGAAAAUGGUCUACUAGAUCCCUACGUGAAAGUUCGAUUUUGUGGGAAUAAACAAAAAACAAAAAAGCACGACAUGACCACUAGUCCCUUGUUUUAUGAGACAUUGCAAUUUAGCGAGGAAUUACCUGAGGAUCCGCUCUAUGGUCCCGACGUCGUCCUCCAGGUCUGGGACGCCGAUAGGAUGGGUACCAAUACCCAUAUGGCGUUGCUGAGGAUGCCCAUGAGUGAACUGGAGGAGUUAUCCUCGGAAGCGGCAAGGCCCCCGGAGCCGACGUGGCGGCCCUUAUCUGAUGUAAGUGGUGAGCCCUGCGGCGGUGAGUUGCUGUGUUGCGGGGCUCGCAUCCGGAAACACUCCACCAAAGAAAAAACGGCCAGACCGGAACCCAUUACUCCAGCAAUGAGGCAAGCUUGGGUCGAGGUCACGGUCCUAGGUGUACGCCAGUUGAAGACCUACAACCUGCAAACGCCGUCGGCACCUUACGUUAGAGUUGCGGUCCCAGGCCCUGGCGACGGGGGCGGCGAAUUUAGGACACUAUCUUCAUCAAAACCGAACGCGAGGAACGCCAAUUUUAUCUAUCGUAGAGUCAUGUGCGUGGAAAUGGCCGAACAAGCUCGAUUCGGUCCCCAGCUCGAUCUGAGAGUGUACAACGCCGGGUAUACGUCUGAUACCUUGUUGGGAGCUACGUCCGUCGAUCUGUCCCACAAAUUACCUUGGAAUCCACAAGAAUACGUCGCGCCGCAGUCGGAGUUAUUUGACGACGCGGAACAGCGCCAAAGAGAAGCCGAGGCCGAGAAGAAGAAGGCGGCGGAAGCGGCGUUGCUCGAAGCGCAGGAGGAUGCUGAAGACGAGUUCGCCGAUGACAGUGGCGCGGUCGGCGUGUCGUUCGGGGCGGGUGAUGGGGAUAACGACGACGAGGAUUCGAGUGAUGGUGAGUCGAUUGAACACCACGAGCUAGCAAGAAGAGAAAGCGCGGUUGUGGGAGACAACUACCAGGAUAGUGGUGUGGGCGCCUUCGAUUCGCUCAUAGACCAGGCCCUGCCCGAGAUCCACGAGGAUGUCACUUACAAAGAAGAACAAGAACGCAUCGCGGAAGAGAUCGAGCACGAACAACAUGAAUCGGAAAACAAGGGCGGUCUGUUGUCGAUGCUCGGGGCGCGCUUUUCAUCGGUCGACACGGGUCUGGACACGCAUGUGGAUUACAAACUCAGCGAGCUACCGAUAACGUUCCCGUCGCAGUGGGCCGCGGCCGACUACCUUGCGGGGCGGGAGUGGUGGGUCGCGCAGGGUGGGUUAGAGCUCGAAAGGUACUUAAAAACGCGGCCCUUCGAGACCUAUCCGGUUUACAGAGGUAAAAGGCACCCCAAUCCCGCCAAGAGUACUCUCAGAGAAGUAGGACACGUCAAGGCCAUCAUACGCGUCCUGGACGAGGACCCGCAGUUCGAGAACGAGCCCUUCUUCCCCAUGGCUCUUUUACAACCUCAGAUUUAUGCUAUUCGCGUGUAUUGUAUUCGGGGAGCCAACCUCCAACCGGUCGCGGGCACGUCGUGCGACCCCUACGUUCGCGUGAAGCUCGGCAAAGAUACGGAGACGCGGGAGCACAAGAAGAAGACCCUCAAGCCGGACAUCUACGAGACCUUUGAGUUCCGGACGACGCUACCAGGUCCCGCGGAGCUCAAAAUUCAAUUGAAGGACUACUCUCGCUUCAAGCCGGUCCACGAGCUGCUCGGCGAGACGAAGAUAGAUUUGGAGGAUCGGUGGUUCCACAAACAGUGGCAGCAAUUGGAUGAGAAGGAAGGCAACUCGAAGAAUAAACUCAAGCCCAUCGAGAUCCGAGCUCUGCGGAAGGAGGGUUCUAGAGUAGCUCGAGGUCAACUCCACAUGUGGGUCGAGAUUAGGCCUGAAAGAGAAGUGCAACGGGAAGCUCCCGUGGAACUCAGUGCACCAGAGCCCCAAGAGUUCGAGGUGCGCAUCAUCUGCUGGAAGACCAAAGAAGUCCCGUUCGAGUGCGGGGAUUUCUAUGCAGAAUUUGAGCUUGGGGCUUCUGAUCGUAAACGUUCGACGGAUAUCCACUGGCGCUGUCGGUCGGGACGAGCGUCGUGGAACUGGCGCAUCAAGAUGCCCAUUACAUUGCCUCUGGCUUCGCCGGAGAUGGGCCGGCUGUCGGUGCUGCUGUGGGAUAAAGAUGUCGUCAAGUGGAAUGAUGUGGUGGGCCAGACGCAACUGGAUUUAUAUCGCUGGUUAUUGAAGGCCUACCGGGAGAAUCGGUCCGUGAAUGUUUUCAAGGAGAUCAACGAUGCUUUACGACGGAAAAGGGCGGAAGAGGCGGGGCUCGCGAACGAGAGCGACCUGGAGUCGUCCGACGGGAGUUCCGGGGACGAGGAGUCCGAUGAGGACGAGGGCGACGGCGAGGGUGACGGCGGCGACGACGGCGAGGAGACGAAGGAGGAGCCCUCACCAGAUAAUGACGAUGAGAAGUCCGCGUCGAGCAAAAAGAAGAAGAAGAAAAAGAAGGACAAGGACGAGAAGAGCGAGGCGUCCGAGCCGCCGCCGCCGCCGGACAAGCAGGAGAUGGCCGACCGGGACGCGCAUUACUUCGUCGAGCAACUCAAAACGAUGGCGGGCAUCGGGCCGCUCGACGAGACGGCGCAGUGGCUGCGGCUGACCUACAAGGACCAGAAACGACAUAGGGUCGUCGCGCGGGGCUCCAUCGCGAUAUCCGUGGAGAUCCUGCCCAAGGAGGACGCCGACAAUCGACCGGCGGGCGCGGGCAUCUCCGAGCCGAACCAGAACCCCACGCUGCCACCAAGAACGGGCCGCAUGGCCCUGUCGACGAACCCCUUCGCCGUGCUCCAGGAGCUCUUCGGGCCGCGGUGCGUCAUGAUCUUCUGCUGCUGUUUUUGUUUAUGCGUCUUCUUCGUGCUCUGGUUCUACCUGGGCAUGUACUACGUGAACAUCUACACGGAGCUCGAGGCUUUCGGUCUGGUCGGUGGUGAUGAUGAUGUCGAGGUGGACGAUACGGUCGCGGCCGACGACGCGGCGACGGAUGACGCGGCGCGGCGAAUGUUGCGGGGGGCUUGGAUGUAAGGAGGUUGUUUUGUUA